UGGCGAAGAAGAUAUCUCAUUAAAGUUUGUUAAAAUAUCAAGUGGUGAUAAGUGUUCUUAACUUUACCGACCUCCAAUGUGAUGAAUAUACUGAUUUCAGUAUGAAUAUACUGUUUGUCAGAAAAUUGGAAAUUCAUGCUUACUUGAGAAUGUAACUAAAUGAAUCACAAUCGCAUAGUCUCCAAUUUAAGUACAUAACGCAUAGCAGACAAUAUUCUCGUGUGAAGCAAAGUGCAAGUGAUAGGAGACAGUGACUUAUUGGCAAUUAGUUUCGCCCAUUAUAGUACACUGUGCCUUUCAAACAUAGGCAUGAGCAUCGUUAGCAACGAGAAAAUAGUCAAUUCGUUGCUAUAAAAAGGCUAGUGUCAGCGCAAAUUAAACAUUAUUCUCACAUUGUAAACAGAACACCACAGUUGUCAGUAUGCAAAAAACUAUUCUAACAAUUGUCGCCUUGGCGCUCUUCGGCAUCGCUCAAGCACAAGUGCAAUUUAGCGGUGCUUGUCCGUGUAAUGUGCAAGUACAACCCAAUUUCGAUGUGGCUGCGUAUUUGGGCACAUGGUAUGAAUAUGCCAAAUAUCCUGCAUUCUUCGAGGCUAAUGGUAAAUGUAUAAAGGCUGAAUAUACGCUCAGGAAUAAUAGUCAAGUGGGUGUGGUGAACAGCAUGAUCAACGAAGCCACCAAUCAAACCACUGACAUUGAUGGCUAUGCCGUGGUGGUCGAAAAUGCUAAAUUGCUAGUUACCUUCGCUGUCAGCCCUGCCUUUAAUGUUUCAAGCAAUUAUUGGGUUUUGUCCACCGACUACAAUAACUACAGCGUUGUUUACUCCUGCCAACCGACGCAGGACGAUUCACAUAGCUUAAUUGUUUGGAUCUUGACCCGUGAGCGAAUACCAUCUGCCGAACUUAUCGCGAGAGCUGAAAAUGUCCUGACUUCGAACGGUAUUUCCCUUAAUCAACUGGUUAUCACCGACCAAAGUGGGUGUCAAGCUGCUUCCGCUGGUGACAAUUGCGCAUAAAGGCCUGGAGCAUGUGACUUUAAAAUUAAAUUGGCCUAAAUUUUCGAACGUGUAAUACAUAUUAUAAUGGCAUUAUUAUAUGUACAUAUAAAAAAUGUAAGUCAAAUAAAUCGAUAAAGUGAAAUUCGAA